GCAGAACGUACCCUUCCCGUGCAACAGUCGUGGCGAGGAGUGCAUGGACUACACAGGACCAGGACAUCGCUUCGCGGAGACCAACCCGGACAACGUUGGAGGUCUGCCACUGUGUACCUUCUACUACUCCUGCAUCAACGGCGCCUACAUCCCCCAUCAGAAGUGUAACGAAGGUUUGGUGUACUCAGAGGACCAACAGCGUUGUCUGCCAAGGAGUGAAGUCCCUCCCCCCUGUGGUACUCUUGACCCAUCCCAAUGAUCCAGCCCCAGGUUGACAGUUUCGGAAAGACCGAUUACAGCCGAUGGCCCUUCACCAACAGCCGAAGCGGACGCCAGAACUCCCGCGGACGUGGGGGCGCGCCUUUGACCAACUUCAACCCCAACGACUUCGGCCACUAAAGAUUGAGAUCAACUACUCUAAG